AUGUCCGCGGCAAACAGCAUCAAGGUCGUCGCGCGCUUCCGUCCCCAGAACCGAAUCGAACUCGAUUCUGGGGGCAAGCCCAUUGUCACCUUCCAGGGCGAUGACACUUGCUCGCUUGACUCCAAGGAGGCGCAGGGCUCCUUCACGUUUGACCGAGUCUUCGACAUGGACUGCCAGCAACAAGACAUUUUCGACUUUUCGAUCCGCCCCACGGUCGACGAUAUUCUCAACGGUUACAACGGCACUGUCUUCGCCUAUGGCCAGACCGGUGCCGGUAAAUCAUACACCAUGAUGGGCACCAGCAUCGAUGACGAGUCUGGUCGCGGUGUCAUUCCCCGCAUCGUCGAGCAAAUAUUCGCCAGCAUCAUGUCCAGCCCCAGCACAAUUGAGUACACAGUCCGUGUAAGCUACAUGGAAAUCUACAUGGAGCGAAUUCGAGAUCUUUUGGCCCCCCAAAACGAUAACCUCCCAGUCCACGAGGAGAAGAAUCGCGGCGUCUACGUCAAGGGUCUGUUGGAAAUCUACGUGUCAAGUGUCCAGGAAGUGUACGAGGUCAUGAGACGCGGUGGAAACGCCCGUGCCGUCGCCGCCACGAACAUGAACCAAGAGUCCUCACGAUCGCAUUCCAUUUUUGUCAUCACCAUCACGCAAAAGAAUGUCGAGACCGGGUCGGCGAAGAGCGGUCAGCUGUUCUUGGUCGAUUUGGCGGGUAGCGAAAAGGUGGGGAAGACUGGCGCCAGCGGCCAGACACUCGAGGAAGCCAAAAAGAUCAACAAGAGUCUGAGUGCUCUCGGCAUGGUUAUUAAUGCCCUCACCGAUGGAAAAUCUUCUCACAUUCCCUACCGUGACUCAAAACUGACCCGAAUCUUGCAAGAAUCUCUUGGCGGUAACAGUCGCACCACGCUCAUCGUCAACUGUUCCCCCAGCAGCUACAACGAUGCCGAGACGCUAGGUACCCUGCGAUUUGGUACUAGAGCGAAGAGCAUCAAGAACAAGGCCAAGGUCAAUGCCGAGCUGAGCCCGGCGGAGCUCAAGGCGCUCCUAAAAAAGGCGCAGGGCCAGGUCACCAACUUUGAGUCGUACAUUUCCAACCUCGAGAGUGAAAUCCAGCAAUGGCGUUCUGGAGAGGCGGUACCCAAGGACAGAUGGGCCCUCCCGAGCUCCGACCCGGUCGCGAAGAAGCCCGCCGAGACGAAACAGCCGCAACGCCCCUCGACACCCUCACGCCUGUCUGCAGAGACCCGAUCCGAGACGCCAAUUCCUUCGGAGCGCGCCAGCACUCCCGUCAUUGCUCUGGAGAAGGACGAGCGCGAAGAAUUCCUCCGCCGCGAGAACGAGCUCCAAGAUCAGCUGGCUGAAAGAGAGUCUCAGGCUACCACUGCUGAGAAGCUAUUGCGUGAGACUAAGGAGGAGAUGGCUUUCCUCAAAGAGCACGACAGCAAAACUGGCAAGGAGAAUGAGCGUCUUACUACCGAAGUCAACGAGUUCAAGAUGCAGCUCGAGCGUCUGAACUUUGAGAGCAAGGAGGCCCAGAUCACCAUGGAUGCGCUCAAGGAGGCCAAUUCGGAACUCACCACUGAGCUUGACGAGGUCAAGCAGCAGCUUCUCGACGUUAAAAUGAGCGCCAAGGAGAACGGCGUCGCCUUUGAUGAGAAGGAGAAGAGGAAGGCCGAAAAGAUGGCCAAGAUGAUGGCCGGCUUUGAUCUCGGCGGCGAUGUCUUCAGCGAAAACGAAAAGCAAAUUGCGCAAGCCAUCAAGCACAUUGAAACUCUGCAUGAGCACAGCAAGAUUGGCGACAACAUUGCUCCCGAGGAGUUCGAGGCGCUUAGGACCAAGAUGGUUGAGACGCAAGGCAUCGUACGACAGGCUGAGCUAUCCAUGUACAGCGUCCCGGCCAGCGAUAUGGACUCGCGCCGCCGUCACGAGCUUGAAGUUCGCCUAGAAGGUCUUCAGCAGGAGUAUGAGGACGUGCUAACCAAGAACUUGAGCGAGGCCGACGUUGAGGAGGUCAAGGCUCGCCUUGAGAGUGCUUUUGCCGGCCGACAAAAUGCCGAGAUUCAGCUGGUGGAGGAUCUCAAGACUGAGGCCGCACAAAAAGCCACGGAAAACUCGCGGAUGAAGACGCUGAUUGAGGAACUCCAGCACCGCGUCAAGUCGGGCGGUGCUGCGCCUACGGCCAAUGGCAAGACGGUCCAGCAGCAGAUUGCCGAGUUUGACAACAUGAAGAAGAGCCUAAUGAGAGAUUUGCAGAACCGCUGCGAGCGUGUAGUGGAGCUGGAAAUUUCUCUGGAUGAGACUCGCGAGCAGUACAACAAUGUUUUACGAUCAUCAAACAACCGUGCCCAGCAGAAGAAGAUGGCCUUCUUGGAGCGUAAUCUGGAGCAGCUGACACAAGUUCAGCGCCAGCUUGUCGAACAGAAUUCGGCAUUGAAGAAGGAGGUUGCAAUUGCGGAGCGCAAGCUGAUUGCUCGCAACGAGCGCAUCCAGAGCCUCGAGAGCCUGCUACAAGACAGCCAAGAAAAGAUGGCCGCCGCCAACCACAAGUUCGAAGUACAACUCAACUCGGUCAAGGAGCGUCUCGAGGCAGCCAAGGCCGGCAGCACCCGUGGACUCAACUCGGGCGGUGGCGGCUUCAGCUUCUCUAACGCUGGUAGCCGCAUUGCCAAGCCCCUUCGCGGCGGCGGUGGCGAUGGCCCUGUCGUGCCCACGAUUCAAAACAUUCAGCAGGCGGAUGGCGCUGUCAGCAACAAGCGCGGGAGCUGGUUCUUCAACAAGUCAUAA